GAAGCUUCCAUUACAAAUCUUCUAUUCGUAAGAGUGGGAAUCAACAUGAAUUGGGCUAAAUCUCUAAUUCUGACGAUGACCGUUUUAUCGGGAGCCUCCGCCGGCGGCAACGACCAGGUAGUUCCGUCAUUAACGGAGAAGGAGAUUCAAGACUCGGUUCAGUAUUUUCACGCAAUGUUACUACGUGGUUACGAGAAGAACAGGCUAAAGUUUAUAUAUGAAUACGCCCAAAAAUUUUCGAAAGAAGAAGAAACCAACCUGUCGUUUGUAGCUUCACAGAAUGUGUACGACUUGGACCGUUCCCUUUCGGAAGUUCGGACAAUUGAGCUGUCUAUUCCCACAUCCUCAAAAAAACCCACAGUUCUGUUUCCCGACGACGAACUCGACUUCGACAAGGCGUCACAACUGAGGGAUUUGCUAAAAGUGUUGUCUGUUCUUGGGUUGGAGACAGAAAUCAGCCACCACGAGUGGAGCAAAAGCGGCGACGUUAUCGAAGAAGUCUACGUUGAUAAGAACCUAGUGUACGAGUACGCGGAUGGACUUCAUUUCGUAAAUAAAACGGUGAGAGUGGUUAACGGAAGCGUAUUGGAGGACCGCAUAAAAGAAUUGGCCAUCGAUUCUUCCCUUCUGUCUGUUUUACGAUACGACUCCGACGGUCAGUUCUUAAAAGACGCGUCCACGUUGGUACCGGAACUACUGACCUCGGUGGACGAAGAAUACAACGAACCGGACGCGGAAAUGAUCAAUUCCGUCCUGGAAGAACUGGCGGCGGUCGCCGCGUCCGCAAAAACUCGGGGCGAGGUGCCAAGCCGCCUCGUCGCUAGUCUUAUGAAAAAACACGACGCCACCAUCUUCUACGUCACCGACGACGAACCGGACGGUGCUUACGUAAGUAAAGAUUUCAGUCUGACUGUAAAUUACCACCUGAACGACGACUGGCGAUUCACCGUCUAUGGUUCCAAAGCGAGGACUCAAUAA